AUGACUGACUGGUUCCUCUAUCCCCAGCGGAACUCCACAAAGAAGUCGGGGGAAAAAUAUAUGACUGGCAAAUCGAAACCUCAGUCAGUAGAACCCGAAGAGGAACAGGAGGCUUCUGGUGAAACAAAAACACAAAAAGCCUCAGCGAAGGGGACCAAACGAAAAAGGUCUGUGAAGGAUGACAAAGCUCGCUGUUUGCAAAAGAUGGAACCAGGCAAAGAGAAAGUAAGAAUUCGGAAGAAGAUAGCAAUUCCUCCAUUACCCUCUGAACUGCCACCGAUCAACCUGGUUCAUCGAGACGUUGUGAGGGCCUGGUGCCACCAACUGAAACUGAGCACCAAAGGCCAGAAAUUAGAUGUAUAUAGGCGACUCUGCGAAUAUGCUUAUCCUAAUCAACAGGACAUUCCUGUCACGGCAAAGGAGGCCAAGAUCCUGCCGGGAUCCCAGAGAAAACUGAUGAUGGACAAGGGGAAAUUGUUUCCGGAAAGUUGUGAUAAAAAGAUGUCCUCUGCCGGGACUGAUCCUCCUAAAGUGGCUGCUCCCCCUAAGGAGGGGCCGGCCACCCUCAAAGGGUCUACUGCUCUCCUUGAGGGAGUUGAGAGUGUUGUGACAACUUCCUCCCCAGAUGCUGUGUUUGCCUCCUGGAGCAGAAUUGCAGCCAGGGUUGAGAAGGUGGAGGCAGUGGAAUCGAGACAAGAGGCCUAUGGUGUCAAGUGGUGUGUGGUCCAUGGGAAAAGUCUCCCUGCGGACACAGAGGGCUGGGUUCGCCUGCAGUUCCACGCUGGACAAGCCUGGGUUCCUGAGAAGCAGGGGAGAGUGUGUGCGCUCUUCUUGCUGCCUGCCAGCAGUUUCCCCCCCUUGUACCUGGAGGACAAUAUGUUGUGCCCCAGAUGCGUUCAUAGGAAUAAGGUGUUAAUGAAAAGCCUCCAAUAA